ACGCGUCCUAGAUGCACCUGUUGGUGAAGAUGCGCCAGGCGAAAUGGGAAAACCAGUUACACUGCCAGCAAAUAUGUCAGUCGAAAUGAAAAAAGCAGUCGAUGAUGGCUGGACAAAGAAUGCAUUUAAUCAAUACGUAUCAGAUUUGAUCUCAGUACAUCGCACACUGCCCGACCCACGUGACGCCUGGUGCAAAGAACCGGGACGUUAUCUAGAAGAUCUACCAGCCACCGAUGUCAUAAUUUGUUUCCACAAUGAGGCAUGGUCAGUGCUGCUGCGUACAGUGCAUUCAGUGUUGGAUCGCUCGCCAAAGCAUUUAAUUGGACACAUUUUACUUGUGGAUGACUUUUCAGAUAUGCCUCACACUAAAAAACAGUUGGAAGACUACUUUGACGCAUAUCCAAAGGUUAAAAUAGUGCGCGCACCGAAGCGUGAAGGCUUAAUACGUGCAAGACUGCUUGGUGCACGUUAUGCUACAUCUCCGGUGCUGACCUAUUUGGAUUCGCAUUGCGAGUGUACGGAAGGUUGGCUAGAACCACUAUUAGAUCGAAUUGCUAGGAACUCAACAACGGUUGUAUGCCCCGUUAUUGAUGUUAUAGAUGACACUACAUUAGAAUAUCACUACCGCGACUCAGGUGGUGUGAACGUCGGCGGUUUUGAUUGGAAUUUACAAUUUAACUGGCAUUCAGUACCAGAACGAGAACGAAAAAGACAUAAGAACUCGGCAGAGCCCGUUUACACACCCACAAUGGCCGGUGGUCUCUUCACAAUUGACCGUAAAUUCUUCGAAUUGCUGGGUACUUAUGAUUCCGGUUUCGAUAUUUGGGGUGGCGAAAAUUUGGAAUUGUCUUUUAAGACUUGGAUGUGUGGUGGUACGUUGGAAAUUGUUCCUUGCUCACAUGUGGGACACAUCUUCAGAAAAAGAUCACCCUAUAAGUGGCGCUCAGGUGUAAACGUGCUGAAAAAGAAUUCCGUGCGCUUGGCUGAAGUUUGGUUGGACGACUAUGCGAAAUACUACUAUCAACGAAUCGGCAAUGACAAGGGUGACUUCGGUGAUGUCAGUGCGAGAAAGGAAUUAAGAACCCGCUUAGGUUGUAAGAACUUCAAAUGGUACUUGGAUACAAUAUAUCCAGAACUUUUCAUACCAGGUGAAUCUGUAGCAUAUGGAGAGAUAAGAAAUUUAGGUUACGGCGGUCGCACUUGUUUGGAUUCACCUGCGCGUAAAAAGGAUCUGAAGAAGCCAGUCGGUCUAUAUCCAUGCCAUAAUCAAGGCGGCAAUCAGUAUUGGAUGCUAAGCAAAGCUGGUGAGAUCCGCCGAGAUGAAGCUUGUCUCGAUUAUGCCGGACUUGAUGUUAUACUGUAUCCCUGCCAUGGCUCCAAAGGAAAUCAGUUCUGGUCCUAUAACAGUGACAGCAAACAACUACGACAUGGUUCUUCCGACAAAUGCCUGACUAUCAGCGAGAAGAAGGAUAAGAUACUGAUGGAAGAAUGCAAUACAAGUCAUCUGCGACAACAAUGGCGUUUGGAGAACUAUGAUCCAUCGAAAUUGUGAGGCUACUUUUUUGCCAAUGGCACAAAUAUGAUAGCAAUCGCAACCCGCAGACGCAGAAAAUAGUAAUAAAAUCAUAAGAAGGAAAAAUUUUUUAAAUAGUGCAAUACGAAUAGAACUAAAAAUUAAAUUUAUAAAAAAUUGAUUUGAUCACUCAAAAUUUAGACAAAAUUUUACUGGUGUAAAUAGAAGUAAUUUCCGUUUCCUGUUUGUGAUGAUAUGAUGAUUUGACGAUAUGAGACGUGUUAAAACUUUAGUUCAAGAUAAUUUGAAGUCAAGAAUUUAGUUAAAUGAUUAAAUUUUUAAAUGAUUUAAAAUGAUUUCUUUUUUGAAAGCGACUGUUGUACAGUAGAUUUAAGCACAAAUUUUAGUUACGCCACAAAUUUAUAUCAACAAUAAAUUAAUUUGAUAGAAAUUAAAUUAUAUUUGAAUUAAAUAAAAUUAAAAAAAAAAUUAAAUAUUAUUAAAUAUACAAUAAAUCGAUACAAUGUAUACACGCUUGUGUGUAGGUGAGCUUUGAUGGCAGAGUCAAUGCAAAAUGUGAGCAUUUAAUUGAUUUCUACAACUAUAAGUCUUAGUUACUUAAAAAUAUUUUAUAUAUAAUUUAGUUAAUAAUUUAUUUAAUUGUAAUUUA